AUGGUGCAAAAGUCUCGGAAAAAUUGGUCUGAGAAGCUCGAUGAUGCCCUAUGGGCUUAUAGAACGGCUUUCAAAACUCCAAUUGGGACUACACCUUUCCGUUUGGUCAAUGGGAAGCACUGUCAUCUUCUCGUGGAGCUUGAACACACGGCUCAUUGGGCAGUUAGAGCUCUCAACUUUGAUCUUAAGAGUGCGGGUGAGAAAAGACUUUUGGACCUUAAUGAGAUUGACGAGAUCCGCCUAAAUGCUUUGGAAAGUAUUGUGCUCUCAAAAGAGAAAACUAAGAAGUGGCACGAUCAACGCAUCACUAGGCGAGAGUUCAACAUUGGUGAGAAAGUGCUAGUCUUCAAUUCUCGCCUUAAGUUCUUCCUCGGUAAGCUAAAGUCUAGGUGGCUCGGACCGUAUACCAUUACUCAAGUGUUCCCUUACGGGUCACUUGAAGUAACUAGAGCGAAUGGAUCAUUUAAGGUCAAUGGUCAUCAGGUGAAGCACUACUUUGUUAGUGAGCCUCUUGGUGAGGAGGAGAUCAUGAUAUUUGAGACCUAG